UCACAAUGCCUCACCCUGCAGGCGCCCCUCACCUGGACCCUCCCAAGAGGCCUGGGAUCCCGGGGAGCCCCUGUCCCCCAGAAGAAUUUCAGCUCACCACCACCACAGCCCUUUCCAGGAUGCUCAAGAAUCCCUCCACACCCCGCUCUGGGUCGAAGACGCCGUCUGGCCGGAAGGCGAUGUCCGCUCAUGGGCCGCUGGCGCGGGCGUGGACGCGGGACGGGGACCGGGAGCAGUCGCUGGCUGCUGCUUACGUGCCGGUGGCCGUGGGUCCCCAGGGGCAAACCCUGGGCCCGCUCCGGGCCACCUUCUACACGGCCCAGUACUCCAACUCCCUGAGCCCCUUCUACACCUUGCAGAAGCCCACCUGCGGCUACCUGUACCGCAGGGACACUGACCACACCCGCAAGCGCUUCAACGUGCCCCCCGCCAACGUGGCCUUGUGGCAGUCCUAGGCGGCGGGCUCAGCCAGAAGGACAGC